CUUGCGCCGUCAAGCAAAAAGGGUCACAAGAGGCAUUCCCCCAAAACACCCAACCAUCACCUGGUGCGCCAUCAUUCAUCGUGCCUGUCUGCCUCGACAGGGCACACGGCUUGUUCGAUGCGCAUUUCCAUCGGCAAAGCCAUUGAAACCGCCCUGUCGCUUUCCUUUCCCAUUGUUGGCGGACCUGUUUAGUGUGUCUGUGUCGACUUUUCUGGGGUUUUCUGGGCAGCCAGCCGAUCGCGCGUAGCCCCCCAAAAUCACACCCCAUUCCAGCCCAAAAGCCUCGUUCCUCGGGCGUCGCCCAACCUCGAGACGCGACCCGAACGCGUGCCCCAUCGAGAUUCAUGCACGCGACAUCGAAUCUGAUUGCAUCUCUGCCACGCUAGUUCGGUCGCCAUCUCGGGUGCCCGCUUUUCCCUACCCUUGACCGCCGUCGCGAUCCCGUACCCGUCGUCGGUCCGGUCCCGCCUCGUGAUGGAUCCCCCAGCCAAGAAGCGAAGCAUUUUUGGCUUCUCCAACAUAUUUCGUAGCGCGGCCCCGGCCUCGCCCGCACCAGUUACGAAUAUCGACUCGGCCGGGAAUGCUGGAGGGGGCGAGCUGGUCGCGUUACCACGUGUCGAGCCGAGCAGCGCGUCGGCGCCCGAGAGCCCUGCGAAGCGCGCCUCCGACUCUCAACUGGCCUCUCGCAAGAUACACGGCCGACCCCAGGGCCCUGCCAGCAAGCUCUCUCAGACCAUGAAUGCGUCCGACUUUUCGCGUCCUUCGGCGAAUGGGAACAAGAUGAGCAGCUUUUCGAGCUCGGUCGCUGCGAUGCCGAGGAGGAUGCCGGGUGACAACCCGAACAAGCCCUCGCCAUUCGCCUCGUCGACCAUGUCCCAUGCCCCAACACAGCCCUACAAGACCACAAAUUUCUCAGGUGCUGCUACCACGCCUCGCAACAUUUUUCGGUCUUCGGAGCUUCCCCCGAACACGCCCGGAAGAGUGCCGCGAGGCUCGACCGCUGAUGUUAAUGGCCGUGGACUGAACCACACUGCCUCGACCGAGCUGUUCAAGAUGAGAAUUCCUUCGCCACCGCGCCACCUCACUGGCGAGAUGCUAGCCAAGGAGGUUCCUGAAGAUUCCGGUCGGACUGGGUCGGUCUAUGCCGACGAGUUUCUUGCACACUACUGCCCGCCCGACCUCGACGACCAGCAGAGGCGCCAGUUCUUUUGCAUCCUUGACCUUCGGCGGCUGAAAUAUGCCGCGAACGAGGUUUUCGCAAAGAAGGACUGGAAGAUAAACGUAAUGAACUUCGCCAAGGAGUACGAAAAGAGCCGCAGCCUCAUAAUGCUGCGCUACGGUCUGUAUGAGUUCAAGACAGUGAGGGCGUCGGAAUCUGUGAAGAAGGAGUGGAAGCAGAAGCACGGAAUCCCAAGCUCUGACGAUGAGGCGGAGCGAGUUCCGAGCUUCAAAGCGAAUGGUGGUUCUAAGAGGAAGGCGGACGUUGAUUUGACGCCAAACGAUACGGCUUUGACGGCGUCGUCCUCGAACGGUAAUAAGCGAACUCGUGCUCCCGAGGUGCCUCCCGUCUUCUCCAAGAACAAGCGGAAGGCCGAUGGCGAGCCUGACGAGAACCAGCCUGCCAAAUUAUUCAGACCCAGCACCACCUCAACGCCUCAGAAGACGCCGUCUGCCACCAAGUCAGUAUUUGAAAGUAUCGCGAAUAACGCUAUCUCGAGCACAACCGCCUCAACUACUCCCGCAAAAUCGACUGCCAAGAAUAGCGUCUUCGGCUCCAUUGCUGGGCCUAAGUUGUCUAAUGGGAAUCUUGGUCGAUCUAUCCUGGAGACUAGUUCUCAUGCCCCCUCCGCCACAUCCAAUAUAUUUAGCCAUCUCUCGGACGCUAGCAAGGGGAGCAGCGGCAAGGACGCCGAUUCUGAGGGCGAGACCUCGACCAAUGCCGACGAGGAAGAGGAAGAAGAGUCGGAGCUCCAAAGAGCCAGUCCGAGUGACGACCAGAGCGCCGCGGCUAGUGUCGAGGUGUCAACGCCACAGUUCGGCACGUCUAUGAAACCCACAGUGACGGAUGGUACUUCGAGCUCGUCUUCGGAUGCAGGAGAGGCGUCCCAGGCCCAGGGACGGAGCAUUUUUGAUCGCAUUACUAGAGGAAGUGACGGGCAGCCUGUUCGCAAACUUGCCCCCGAGGAAGGGAAUGCUCAGCUGUUUGCCCCAGCUUCCGACAGGGAGAGAUCCGUGAGCCCAGUCAAAGAACAGCCUGCCUCCCCUGCCGCUCCCCCAGCGAACAACACGUGGAACACAAGUACUCCCAUCAAGUUUUCGGCCCCGGCUCCCACGCUCUUUUCUGCAUCAGCUGUAGCAAAACCAGCCACUUCGUCGGCUAUUAGCUUUGGAGCCCCUGCGACACUGAAGAAGGAUGAGCCGAGCGCUCCUCAAGAAGCUCCCAAGACAAAUCUCUUUGGUGCUCAACCAAAAGCCUCGACGGAGCCUAGUGCCGCCGCCCAGGCGACCCCCAAGGUGGCUCCGGCCCCGUCUGCCUUUUCUUUCCCGUCCAAGUCAACAGAUACUCCUAGUGCGCCCCCUGUUUUUGGCAAACAGACCCCGUCGGCCAGCACCGGCAGCCAGCUCUUCGGCUCAAGCACGCCAGCAUUUGGCCAGCCGAAAGAAAAGAGCGAUUCCAAAGAGCCCGACGCUACUCCAGCCCCCGCGACUUCGGUUCUGUUCGGAGUAAAGCCUGCCGCAGCGGCGCUAGAAGCCUCGAAGCCCGCGUCGGUGUUCCAGUCUUCGACGUUGUUUGGUGCUCAGAGCAAGCUCGAGGACGCAAAGCCGCCUCAAGCACAACCAGAGAACUUCUUUGGAAAGGCUCCUGCAGAGUCAACCCCUAAGCAGGCAUCUAUAUUUGCCGCCCCCUCUUCUACGGCCAGCAUCUUUAGCGCGCUGUCGAAUCCUCCUGCUUCCGCAGCCAACGAACCAGCCGCAAAGAAACCGGCGUUUGGAACUAGUGAAGCCAAACUAGCAGGUGCUUCACUCUUCGGGUUCCCUGCGUCCACCCCGGCUGCCCUCGGAGCUGGAAAGCCGGCGACUCCCUCAGCCACCAAUAGCUUCUUUGGUGCCUCUACUACACCAGCAGCCCCAGUGCCUGAGACCAAAAACAUGUUUGGCGCGACUAGUGGGCAGGCAUCAAACGUAUCCGACAAGUUAAAGCCCCUCUUUGGCUCGACCCCUGCGCAAACAACGCAGCCAUCGUUGAUGUUUGGCGCUUCUACUCCUGCUGCUACGCCGGCCCCUUCCGGGUCCAUCUUUGGGUUCAAUAGCUCUCAGACGCCAGCACCCUCGCAGCCGGCUGCAUCGCAGCCCAUCGGCUCCCUAUUCGGAACUGGCGGAGGCGCGUCUUUCACCUUUUCGGCUGGCGGUACGGACAACAACAUAAUUAAUAACCCAUUUGCAUCCAACGGCAAUGCCUCGGCGCCAACCUCCUUCAAUUUUGGCAGCGGUAGCAACGACGGCGGCAGCCAGUCUUCUUCGUUUCAGUUUGGAGCCAACGCCCCGGCCCCCAAUGCAACUCAACAAAACACUCAACAGAGCAACAUCUUUGGUUUAGGCCCGUCCAAGCCCCUCUCGUCAACCCCGGUAUUUAGUGGUGGUCUAGCUCCUGGUGGGGGAACAUCAACAGGUACAAGUACGAGCUACCAGCCUCUACAUCUCAGACCCGCAAACACAACACUAAUGGCCAUUCAGAUACCCCCUUCACUUUCGGCGGCGCGUCGAGCUUGGCAACAACGCCAGCGACGGGAACACCAGAGCCGGCCGCCGAGCAGGAAGAAGCUCGAGUAACAAACGCUGACGGGGAUGAGGCACCACAGGAGCAAAUCUCGCUAACCG